AAAAAAGAAAAAAAAAUUAAAAUCCUAAAAAUGCAGUUUCAAUCUAUGAGGAAGGAACUGUAGGGCAUGUGGUGCUUAGUUUCAAGUUGUUAUGCGUCCCCGCCUCAUCACAAGGAAAUGGUUGCUGGUGUGAGGAAUGUGGCUCCAUUUCAGCAAUCAUUAUGACCUUCAUGCAUGGCAAUACACUUACUUUCAGAAUUUAGGUUUUUUAUGACCCUAGAUACGGAACAAGGUUGUCAGGGAGAGUUGAAAUGUUUGCUUUCCUUUCGUCUUUACUCUUUUGCAGAAUAUUGCUAUCAUUCAACUCUAAUUUCUUCAUUUACACAAUUGUCUUCCUUUUGUGGGCAUAUAUUCUUUUUCUUGGCUCAAAAUGAAUAGAUGAGAGAGAGAAGUGUGAAAAUCUUGACACUUGAAUGAAGCCUGCUGCCUCACUCCAAAACAUGGACAUCUCAAACAGCCUGCCCUCUUUCUAUCCCUUUGUGUCUUGGCCUGGGCUGGGCUCAGGAUGUUUUCUGACUUCAAAGGGUUGAUUCUUCCCUAGAAUGUUGACACUGUAUCCUUCUGAACAUAUUUGUGACCCAUUUUCAGGAAGAGUCUGCUGAGUCCUUUAGGAAAAUAGGAGCAUCUGUGAAAAGGCAGGGAUAGAGCCCUUCAAUGCAAGUAUCCCUCAGGCAAGGUGAGGUCAAAGUGUAGACGACAUACAACCUGGUCCAGAAGUGUGUGCACUACAGUCUUUCAUUUGGGAUCGACUCUUACAGGUAGGGAUUUUUUCCCGUGUUUAUUCUUGGCUCUGAGGGAGGGCAAUAGAGCAGGAGCCAAUCAGUGAUGAGGGGGCGGGCUAUAUGAACUGUCCUAUCAGGCCUGCCAAGGUAGGAGAUUUCUUUCGGUGUCAUGGCGCCACAGUGCGUGUACUGAGUACAAUCCCGAAAGCAGAAAGCUAGACCACCUGAUGUGGCUUCUACUGGAUUCGCCUGAAUAGGAAAGAACCUGGGGAACGUCAAGCCACGCAAUGGAGGCAGAAACCUUUGAGGAUGUGGCUGUGAACUUCACCAUGGAGGAGUGGACUUUGCUGAAUCUAUCCCAAAAGAAGCUCUACAGAGAUGUGAUGGGGGAAAUAUUUAGGAAUAUGACUACCAUAGGAAAAGCUUGGGAUAACCAGAAAGUUGAAGAAGAAUACAAAAAUUACUGGAGAUCUUUAAGAAAUGAAGUGAUAGAGAAAUGCUAUGAACAUAAAGUUUUGAAUCAGAAUGAAGAAAUAUUCCUUUGGUUUCCAGAUGCUGAAGUGGACAUGAAACCAGCUCAUUUAACACAAGCUGAAAGCCUUGCUUGUAAAAAGCCUCUGAUUAGGCAUUUGUCACUAAAUGUGCCCAUCAUAGCUCACACUGCGCUGAAGCCAUGUCAUUAUUUGGGAUCUGAAGAGAACCUAUAUAAAAGUAGUCAAAAUGCAAAAAAGUGCAGUGAUUUCCAGUCCUUUCACAAGCAUUCAAGGACAAUGUCUGGGGAGAAUCCCUAUGAUUAUGAUCAAUAUGGGAAAUCCUACUCUGAUCUUAGUGAAAAAACUCACCGUAGAGAGAAGAGCUUUGUAUGUAAGAAAAAUUUGAAAGCAUCCAGCACACACAGUGAAAUACAGAUACAUGAAAGAAAUCAUACUGGCAAAAAACCCUAUGUAUGUAAGCAAUGUGGGAAAGCAUUCAGCAAACAUAGAUAUUGUCAAAUGCAUGAAAGAGCUCACAGUAGGGAAAAACGGUAUGUAUGUAAGCAGUGUGGGAAAGUGUUCAGGACAAGCAGUCAUUGUCAAAGACAUCAACAAACUCACACUGGGGAGAAACCCUAUAUAUGUAAACAAUGCGGAAAAGCUUUCAGCACGCAAGAAUAUUGUCAAAUACAUGAAAGACUUCACACUGGAGAGAAACCCUAUGUAUGUAAGCAAUGUGGGAAAGCUUUCAGCACAAACCGUCAUUGUUGAACACAUGAAAAAGUUCACCUGGGGGAGAAACCCUAUCUCUGUAAGCAGUGCGGGAAAGCUUUCCGCAGAAAAACUCAUUGUCAAAGACAUGAAAGAACUCACAGUGGGGAGAAACCCUAUGUAUGUAAACAAUGUGGGAAAGCUUUUAGCACAAACAGAUCUUGUCAAAUACAUGAAAGACUUCACACUGGGGAGAAACCCUAUGUAUGUAAGCAGUGUGGGAACGCUGUCAGUGGGCACAGUGAAUGCAAAAUACAUGAAAGAACUCAACGGGAGAAACCCUACAUAUGUAAGCACUGUGGAAAGGUUUUCUUCAGUCACAGUGAAUAUAAAAUCCAUAAAAGUACUCACACUGAAGAGAAACAGUACAUAUGUAGGCAAUGUGGGAAAGCUUUCAGUACGCAUAGAUAUUGUCAAAUGCAUGAAAGGGCUCACACUGGUGAGAGACCCUAUGUAUGUAAGCAAUGUGGGAAAGCAUUUACACAUUAUAGCAACUGUCAAAGACAUGAAAGAAUUCACACUGGGGAGAAACCCUAUGUAUGUAAACAAUGUGGGAAAGCUUUCAUCACACGUGAUGACUGUCAAAGACAUGAAAGAAACCACAAUGGAAGAAAACCCUAUGUAUGUGAGCAGUGUGGGAAAGCUUUCCGCACACGUGGGUAUUGUCAAAUACACAAGAGAAUUCACACUGGGGAGAAGCCCUAUGUAUGUAAGCAGUGUGGGAAAGCUUUUAGCACAAACAGUCAUUGGCGAAAACAUGAAAGAACUCACACUGGAGAGAACACUGUGUGUAAGCAAUGUGGGAAAGCUUUUAGCAGGCAUGGUGAAUAUAAAAUACAUGAAAAGAUUCACACGGUGUAUCAAUUCUGUGUGUGUAAGCAAUGUGGAAAUACUUUCAGCGCACAUGAGGAUUGUCACAUACGUGAAAGAACUUACUAGGCAAAACCUUAUGUAUAUAAGUAAUGUGGAAAAGAUAGUUCACACACAUUGUUAAAUAUAGGAAAGAAGUCUCACUAGGGAAAAUCUUUAUCCAUGUAAGUGUAUUUUCAAAAUCCAGUGAUAAUUUCUCAUGUAGUAGAAACCUAAAGAAAUAUUUCAUAUAAAAAGUUUGAUGUCAAUGUUUCUUCACAAAUUUUCCAAAAAAUACAAAUCCCAGGUGGAGCUAUCCUUAAGCACAUACAUUGUGUGGUUUUAGUAAAUCACUUAUACAUAUCUAGAUUAUGUAUCUGUAGGGCUUAAUAUAAAAAAUAGAGCUGACACAAUUUUUGUAUUUUUGAGUAUUUCUGCAAUUACACAUGGUAAAUGAGAAAUGUAUUCUUUACUUUCAGGUAUGGUUAAUGUCUAUGUAGUUAAUGUUUGACUUUAAAAUUAAGAGAUAUAGGCCACUAAAAUCUUAAUUUUUAUAUUGUUUUUUGUUAAUUGUUGGGGUUUUACUACUACAUAUAAGUUUUUGGUGCAUAUACUCCAUCUUCUGUGUAACAAAUGAAUGUUUCUGAAUUUGAUGCUAUAUUUCAUAUGCUCAGAGGGUUGUAAGCAUACGUUUUUGACAAAGUUGGGUUGUUUUUACGCAAUUUGUAGGUUAUCAAAUUUGUGUUUUUCCUGUUGUGAUAAGAUACCUGCUUAUAUCCUAACAUCACAGUAUAUUAUAUCAUAUACAUAAUAUUGCAUAUUUUUCUUUCUCACUAGAGCCAGUAUUAUUUACAUAAAUUUUUAUGUUUUCUUAUUAUCAGAAUUUCGCUUUUUAUGUUUAUAUUGCAAGGGCUUUUAAUUUAGUGUUAAUUUUUCCACAACAUAUACCAUAAGUAAACCAUACUGCUGUGAAUUCUGAUUGCCCAUACCAGCAGAACCAUAACUUGUCUCCAGAAGCAUAUCAUGAGUUACAGUAAUAUCUCCAGAAAGUAUAAAUAAUGGUAUGAUUUAUCAGUAACAACACUUCAAAAGGAAUUUUUGUUAGCUGUGGAGUUGUUUUGGGGAGAAUGGUUGCUACUGAAUGUACAGUGCAAAUGCCUUUAUUCUAGUCCCUGAUGCUGUGAUGCCAUUCUGUCUUUGGUAAUCAUUAUUAUUUUUACCUAAUACACUAGACUAAUGUCAUGAAGGAAAACCUAACUCAUGUGAGGUAUUAAUCAGUUUGUUAAAAAGGGAAUUUACUAAGUUAUAAUUCAGAUUAUGUUCUACUAGUUUUUUAUGUAAAAUUAUACAGUGUCAUUCAUCAUUAUUCAUAAGGACCAAUGCCUGAUGUUUGGGGUAUGUGCCUAUUGCCUUUAAAGACAUCCACUGAGCCAUCGUGUGUGCAUGAGUCCCCAGUUGGUCUCCUUUGACCUAUAUUUUUUUACUGUCAUUUUAACAUUGAUGUAAUUUGUCAAGUGUUUAAUACAGUGUUCUCAAAUACAAAAGCUAUUCCAUUUCUGAUGGGGUUAUGUUGCUAUAAACCUAUGGUAUCAUGAAAACAUAGGUGAACACUGUAUUAAAUACCCAUAAUGCAGUGAGUAUAGCUUGCCCUAGCCUUAGUUAAGCUUAGAGAUAUAUACAGUUGUGUAAUAUGCAGAUGUAGCCCAUUGCUUUAGUACUCCUAGGGAGUAACCCCAGCCUCAAAAUUAUUUUUAUUUAUUUAUUUAUCUUUUUGAGACAAGGUCUCUCUAUGCAGUUCAGGCUUGAAUUUGCCUGA